AUGUCAUUUUCAUCUCAGGCGGCACAGGAACUCAAGGGUCUGCCACAAUCUAUCCAUGCUCUGGUCCGCGAUCUUGAUAGUCCCAACGCUCAAGCGUUAGCAAAGCUUUCACCGUCAGCCAAACUUUUCAAAGGUGAUAACGACGACGUGUCUGCCGUUGCAGCUGCAGCAGAAUCAUGCACGGCAUGCUUUUUUCAUCUCAACACAGGUUGGACCGACUUCAAAAGUGAGCAACGGCAUGCUGAGAAUAUCCUCUCAGUCCUCUCAACAGUCCCCUCUGUCAAACGAGUCGUCUAUACCACCACCGCUGGCGUCAAAGAUCCUGGAGUCUCCGGAAACUUCAAGAACAUUAAAGAAGGCACCAAUCGCUACGCCUGUAUUGAAGGAAAAUACACCAACGAGCUUGCAGUUCAGAAAGCCGCCGAACAAAACGGCUGGGCUUGGACCAUUAUUAAGCCAGCAAACUUUCUAUCUAACUUUUUGAGCCCGGUAGCGAAGUGGAUGUAUCCACAACUGGCUGAACAUCGGAUUUCAACUGUAUUGCCGUUCGACUACAAAUUUAUACAUCGCCAAUAA